AUGGCACUAUGCCUCUUGACAGCCCUCACCACUGUCGCGGCUCAAGACCCAACCAUUACAUCAACCUCUGUGGGCGUCCCGGCAAAUACUCCCGCCCCCUCAGUAAUCACUGUAACAUCACCUGUUGUCGAAUCGUCCCCCUCGCCAGUUCCCGAUCCCGCUUCCGAAGGCACGGAAUACUACCCAUCGGCUCCGGGCCAAUCCUACGACGACGACGAUCCGAAUGCUCUCAUCGACGAGACAAAGGAGAGCAAUGAGGGAGCGUCUGGGAAGUCGGAUACUUUCGUGAACAUUCCCCUCGGGGCUCAAAUCGGCAUUAUCUCGGCGGUUGUGGUGGUGGGCGUAGCUGGGAUGGUUCUCAGCGUCAUGUGGUAUCUCAGGAAGAGGAGACAGUGGGAGUUGAGUGGAAGGCGUUCGACCAUUCCGAGGAUCGGCGUCAAUGCCAAGGGCGAGUUUACCAUGGGUACUCAGGGCGAUAUCCCUCACAGGGCUCCCAGGCUCCGAGCUCCGAGCCCCGUCGACAGCUUCGACGACUCGGCUCUGGAGAAGGGGAAUGUAAAGAGCGAGUUUGAGAGUGAGAGUACGAAGUCUCCAACGGGUUGGAAGAGGAUUUUUUCGAGAAAGUAAAACUGUCAUUGCUAUUUUUCUUUCUUCUUUUUCUCACUUCCUGCUACUCAUCCUUCGCUUCUCGGAUAAAUAUUUUGGGAAAUUUGUUUCUUCUUCUCUGUCACGGCUUCACGAAAAUUUCCUUUCUACCUUCUCUUUUCACUUCAUAGGGACAGUUGUUUGUAGGGCUGGUGUGGGGGGGUGUGGGGGGGGGGGCACGGUACAUAUGGGUUCUACCAUUUCUUUUUUUUUUUUUUUUUUUUUUUUCAGUCUGCCAGCAAGACAACCUGUUAAUUAGUGUUUACAUUCUCGUGGGAAGUUUUCUUCACAACUCCCACAAAAUUACUUGGGAAAACGGGGAAGUCUUUUUAGCAAAACCCCGAAUAAAGUAAAAACCAUUUCUGUGUAUAUAAACAA